CCCUUCAAAAGAACUUUUCGUUCUCCUUACAGGACUGGAAUACUGGGUGCUGUGGUGGUAGUAGCAGGAGCUGGGCUGUUAAGUGCUUCUUCCCCAAACUACAAGUUACUGAUUAUAUAUCGUUGUUUAGUUGGAUUUGGUGUCGCCGGUGGACAUGUAUCCGCAUCAUGGUUUAUGGAGUUCAUUCCACCUUCCAGUAGAGGUGCUUGGAUGCUUUCUAUUACGACUUUCUGGACUCUUGGAACAUUAAUGGGAGCUUCACUAGCAUGGAUUGUUAUGCCAAGGUUGGGCUGGAGGUGGCUGCUUGCUUUGUCUUCUAUACCAGCUUUCUUGGUUCUUCUCGUUUCUAAUUUUGCACCUGAGUCUCCAAGAUACCUAUAUAUGAAAGGCAGAACAACUGAAGCACUUAGAAUUUUGGAAAAAGUAGCUCUAAUCAACCGAACAAAACUUCCCCCGGGAAUUCUUCUAUCUGAUCAUAACAUGGAUCUAAAUGAAGAAAACACACCAUUGGAUGAAACGCCUCUUCUUUCUUCAGUCAGAAAAGAGAGAAGUUAUUUAGAAACAUUUCUUGAAUCUAUGCUCGAAAUCUUUUCAUCGAAAUUACUGGGGACUACUCUUCUCUUGUGGCUUUUGCAUUUCGGAUAUACUUUUGCAUACUACGGAAUAAUAUUGAUGAUCUCUCAAUUGAGCAGUGGACAAAGAGAAU